CGAUUAUACAGCUUCGAAGCGGCGGUACCAACCGGCUGCAAGCUUCGAGCAAACCUACGGUGCGAGACGAGCGGCGACGAGCCCUCUUCGUGGCCGGCGAUCCCUCCACGGCAGAAGCAACGGUUGGAGAUCCUAUGUCGCUGUCCGUGGGGCAACAGGGUUUGUAGCGGCUCCGCAAUAGGAUGCUUACUGCUAGAGUGUAGUAAAUUGUGGUUAGUUUGCAGCAAACAAUUUUAGUUGCAGUAGAUGCCCCUUCUCAAGCCGCCACCUCCUCGAAUUCUCCUGAAUAAUGUUUCUUGCAUGCGUAAUGGUCAGACUGUCCUCCGCAAUAUAAAUGUCUCUGUGCAUGAUGGCUCUUCUCUUGUCUUGACUGGUGCUAAUGGCUCUGGAAAGACCACCUUUCUUCGUAUGCUAGCUGGAUUCUCACGUCCAUCUGCUGGGGAGAUCCUAUGGAAUGGGCAUGACAUCACAUCUCCGGGAGUCUUCCAACAAUACAAGCUACAACUUAACUGGUUAUCAAUGAAAGAUGCCAUAAAGGAGAAACUUACUGUAUUGGACAAUGUACAAUGGUUUGAAGUCCUGGAAGGCAAGUGUGGGAAAUCCAUGGAUGCUCUUGAGUUAAUGGGGCUAGGUAGGCUUGCAAAAGAGAAGGCGAGGAUGCUUUCAAUGGGUCAGAGGAAACGACUACAGUUGGCGAGAUUACUGGCUAUAGACAGGCCAAUCUGGUUGCUUGAUGAACCAUCAGUUGCUUUAGAUGCUGAAGGAGUGCGGAUGUUGGAAUACAUAAUAGCGGAGCACAGGAAGAAAGGUGGAAUUGUAUUUGUGGCAACACACCUGCCAAUUGAGAUUGAAGAUGCAAUGUCCCUUAGGCUACCAGCAAGGUUCCCGAGGAGGAAAACUUUGGUUGAUAUGGUCCAUUCAGUGUAAAUGUGAUCUCUGUUCUAUUCCUCAACUACUUGUCUCCUGAACUGCAGAUUCCAUAUUUCUUGUACUUCCAGAAAGAUUUCCAAAGAAGAAAAAUUUUAGUUGAUCUAGCCCAUUGAUGUACGCAUAACAUAUAUGUUUUCUUUUUCCAAUUGUUUCAGAUGCCA